UUACUCCAACGCGCUUCAUUAUAACCGUAUUGGAGUGCGUAGGAGUAUGUUGGAGCAUGCAAUGCAAACAAACCUUGAAAUACAAAAAUACAGGAAAACGUAACCAAACAAACAGACCAAAACAGCCCUCGCAGCUCGUGUGUUGUAAAACUUCUAGUGCGAAUUGAAGGAAUCUGAAUAUUCAUUAAUCAUUGGAACCUAAAAAAAUUUCGCAGUUUAAACUGUGGUACUGCGACGUUAAAAUCAGAAGAAUCUAUAGACAGAAGGAAUAACGUUCAGCUUCGCAGUUCUGUAGUUACCACGGUUUUUACGCAAUUUGGUGCAAUUCUUCGCGAAAAUAUCGAGCCUAUUCUGAUUUCUCUUACGGAGAUGGAUUCGAAAACUUCGAUCUGGAGAUACCUACUGGGUGUUCUGAGCCGGUACAACGAUGUGGUUUAUAGACAGCCAAAAUCGUCAACGCGCGAUUUUCUUAUAUUUUUUGGCGGUGACGUUCAAGACAUUGAAGAAAGAAUGGAGAGGCAUUUGGACAGCAAGGAAUAUAUGAAAUGGAGUUUAGAAAAUACAGUAGCUAUGCUUUCUGAACAGUUUCCUAGACAUCAUAUAUUUGCUAUUCGUCCAUCCAGGGUGGCAAUAACUAAAAACGCAGUAUUCAAUUGCUUUGAUAAUUUUGUAUCAGGAAAUGAAUAUGGUACUCCCACAUUUUCUCCAAUGUAUUAUGCUUUGAAAAAUUUAAGAGAACUUCUCGUGUGUUGCUUGGAAUAUCUUAAAGAAUUAAAACUGGAAAAAGAUAUUGAUACAAUUGAAAGUACAAAUUUAAGUCUAAUGGGCUUCAGUAAGGGAUGUUCGGUUUUAAAUCAAUUUCUUUAUGAGUUUCAUUAUUAUGAUGAAAACCCGAAUGAGGAUCCUGAUAUGAAUAAUUUUAUCAAACUCAUCAAAGAUAUGUGGUGGCUAGAUGGUGGGCACAAUGGUCCCAAAAAUACGUGGAUUACAGAUCAGAAUAUACUUCAUUCCUUUGCUAAAUUAGGAAUAAGUGCUCACAUACACGUUACGCCGUAUCAAGUGCAAGAUAAAUAUCGGCCUCACAUUCAAAGGGAAGAAAACAGUUUCUAUGUUACUUUACAAAAGUUGGGAGUACCUGUACAACGAACUUUACAUUUUGCUAACCAAGCACGAUGUCUAUCGUCGCAUUUUAAUGUUCUUACAGUCAUCAGAAAUAACAUGCAGUAAAAUUAUUGUGCUCUACGCCUUGAAAUUUGUUAAUUAAGUUCCUCUUUAGUUGAAUCGUAAAAUUAACAAAAUAAUACUUAGAUUGCAACUUCUUCACUUCAUAAUCAAAAUAAAAUACAAAGCUAUAUGAAAAUUGUCUUGUUGACAGUUAAUGUUUCUGUGCUGUGAAUUAUUUCGUUUAUAAUAAAAGUUUAUAGUAAAUAGAAUCUAUUUUACAAAAUCUAUUUUAUAGAAUAUUUUCACAAAAUGUAAUAUACAUAUACCAUUAUAAAUAUGAUUAUAUUUAUAAUAUAUAUGAUUAAUAUAUACAUAAUAUGAUGAUUACUGUUUAAUAAUAUAGUCUUAAUCUAGUCAUAAAUAAUAAAAAUUUGUUAAAUGUAAAGUGUAUAAUAUGUUUACAUAUAUUAUUAAGUACAAUUUUUUAUAUUUUGUUACUAUAUGUGUGUGUGUGUGUGUGUGUGUGUGUGUGUGUGUGUGUGUGUGUGUGUGUGUGUACUUAUAUCGUUAUGAACAAUUACUGGUUAAUAUUAGUAAAAACUAUGUUUAUUUUAUUUAACAAUGUGAAGAAAUAUAAUAAAGUUGUGAUUCUCACUUUUUUUUUAUACAAA